UUUAAUAAGUUAAAAUACAAUUGUAAUGGCUGAAAAUUAUUCACAAGAGCUGUUGCGCGUAGCUAUUGCCCAAAUUUGUCAAACAAUUGGCUAUAGCAGCACACAAAGUGCGCCCUUGGAAUUAUUACAAGAUAAUAUGAAACGUUUCAUUCAGCAGUUUGCAACUAAUUUGCACAGACAAGUUGAGCAUGCUAAUCGCGUUGAGCCUUCUAUAAAGGAUGCAGCAGUUAGCUUGACCAAUCUGCAAAUAAAUAUUCCUGAUAUUUUAAACUAUAUUGAAAAUGUUGCACCAGUUGCAUUUCCACGCGAGAUACCAGUGUAUCCAGUGGCCAAGCAAAACUCCCUGAACUUCAUCAAAACUGGCAGUGCUGAAGCUUUAAGUCGUCCAGCUCAUAUAUAUAAGUAUUUACCAACAAUGUAUCCAACAGUAAACAACAAUUCAGCAAAGCGCUCAAAUCAAAAUGAAGGAGCUACUGACAAUGAGCUCCAAGCUGCAAACGGCGAAUUGCCAAUGACAACUGGCGAUAUGGUCAGCAUGGAAGGUCAAGUACAUGAGCUACGUAGCGUUGUUAUGACAACUGAUGGGCUUAUUGUACCUGCAAUUGCGGGCAAGCUGCCUGCUGCAUUUAUACCUAAUAUUAUUGACAAACUUAAUGUGCUAAGAGCACCACCUCAACUUAAAUCGCAGCCAAUCAGUGAACUUGUUACAACUAAAAAGACAGCAGUCCUGUAUACGCAGCAGCAUUCCCAACCCCAUAUUGAUAACAGCGCUGCAGCUGCAGCUAUUAAGCUAUUGUCCAACAAAAGUUCCAAAAAGAGCACAAAGAAAGCUCAAAGCGAGCCAAAGUCAGCGGAAAAACCUAAAAGAAAAUACACAAAAAAUAAGCAGGCGACUGUUAACGAUCAGAACAGAAAAUACACCAAAAGGAAUCAAAAGCUUGCAAAGCAGAUAGCAGAACUUGAAGAGUCGCUUAGGCAAGUGGAUCGUGAUUUAUUAUUAGCUUCGCUACCACAGGCAAACGACGAACAAAAUCAAAGCGCUACGCAUAUGUUAGAUGCUGACAAGAAGAUGAAAACAGCUUGGCCAAGAUGGAACAAGUAUAGCGAAUUGCCAAUGACAUCGGCAGAUAUAAAAAACAAAUCAAUUAGUGGCGUUGAUUUUAUUUCAACCGCUAUACCAGCAAGGCUUCCAAAUGCAUUUGUAACUGAUAUUAAUAACAAAUUUAAGACACCGAUUGGCAACUCUCAACUUGAUAUUUUUAAAUGGCAAAAGGCAGCGGCACUGAAUUCCCAACCCCACAUUGAUAACAGCGCUACAGCUGCAGCUAUUGAGUUAUUGUCUAAAAAAAGUUCCGAUAAGAAUACAAAGAGAGAUCAAACCGAACCAAGGCCAGCGGAAAAGCCUAAAAGGAAAUACACAAAAAUUAAGCAGACGCCUGUUAACGAUCAAGCCGAUCCAAAUGCAAAGAUAGGGGAAAAACAUAAAAGAAGAUAUACAAAAAAGAAGUUAAAGAAGCAGAUGACAGAACUUGAAAAGUCCAUGUUAGCUGCUAACAAUGAGAUACAAAAUGGCACCACAGUAUUUGAAGAACCGAGCGUUCCGAUUUUCAAUCCUCGACUUGAAUUGAAGCCAAUCAAUGAACUUUUUACUAACAAUAAGCAGAAAAGAGAAAGACCACCAAAGUCACUUUCACCAGGCAACUACAAAAAACAAAAAAAUAAAUUGCACAACAAAAAAAAAAUAGAAAACAUAUGACCGGAGCUUA